GUCUCAAGCAAUUCACACCCAAAUUCCCUUCUUGUGGAAAAUCUCACCCCUUGUUGUCCAGUAGCCUCAGUCUGCGACGCAGACCAAGGAAUCUCCAAAGCAACAAGAGCCUCACACUACUUAUCUUCGAAAGCGAAAUGCCUCAAGCAAUCCACACCCAAAUUCCCUUCUUGUGGAAAAUCUCACCCCUUGUUGUCCAGUAGCCUCAGUCUGCGACGCAGAGACCAAGGAAUCUCCAAAGCAACAAUCUUUCUUUCGCUUUCUCGUAAACAAGAAGGAGAAGCUCGCCAAUUCUGUUUGCUACCAGUGGCGGAUGUAAUUGUGAGUUGGGCUUUUGUGUAUAAGUUGAGGAUUGGGAUUGUUGGGACUGCUCUUACUAUUGGUUUUGCUUGGUCGAUCACCAUUUUCAAAUUAAUUAGACUCGGGAGAUCUUUUGGUCCCAAGGAAGCGUGCUUUUACUUGUGGAUCUGCAUAUUUUGCAAUAUGGCUUCCUCUUCUGUUUCUUCUUCUGUCAUUCCCCCAAAAGAAAAGUAUGAUGUUUUUCUCAGUUUCAGAGGCGCGGAUACUCGCCAGACUUUUACCAGCCAUCUUUUUGCUGCUUUGAUACGGUGGAAAGUGAAAACCUUCAUUGAUUACGGACUGGAGAGAGGAGAUGAAAUUGGACCCGCCCUUCUAAAAGCAAUAAAAGAAUCAAGGAUUUCCGUGAUCAUUUUCUCGAAAGACUAUGCUUCUUCCGCAUGGUGCUUGGAAGAACUUGCUUGUAUACUGGAAUGCAUGGAAAAACAUGGACAAUAUGUUAUACCUAUUUUUUACGAGAUAGAACCAUCACAAGUGCGCUACCAGACCGGAAGUUAUGAGACUGCAUUUGCUCAACAUGAACAAUGGUUGAAGGACCACAAGACGGACAAGGUGGCCAAGUGGAAGGAAGCUUUAGUAAAAGCAGCUGGCCUAUCUGGGUCAACUUCAAAAAAAUUUCGGGAUGAUUCCGCUUUAGUUGAGCAAGUCGUCAAAGAUGUGUUGGCUAAAUUGAAUCGUGAAUCAUCAAGCGAUUUAACUGGUUUGAUUGGAGCUGAAGACCGCAUUAAGAAAAUUUUACUGGAAUUAGACAUCAUCCCAGAAGAUGUUCGUGUUCGCUCUGUAGUUAUUUGGGGUAUGGGUGGUAUCGGCAAGACCAGGCUUGCUGAUGCUGUAUAUCAUGGACUUUCUUCUCAAUUCGACGCUCGCUGUUUUCUUGCAAAUGUUAGGGAACGAUCAGGUACCAAAGGAGCUUUCUCUCCUGAGCUGUAUCUUUUGCGAGAUGAACUUCUUAGACAAUUACUAGGAGACAAGAGUUUAACUAUCCAUACUCGAACUAUAGGUGCCGUUGACAAAGAGAGGCUCCGCCGUACAAAAGUCCUUGUUGUUCUUGACGACGCGAACCAUUCAAGCCAAUUAACAUUUUUAGUUGGAGAAGUUCCAUUUGGCCCAGGAAGUAGAAUAAUUAUAACAACUCGAGAUAUGCAACCAGUUAGGAAGACUCUACUAGUGAAGGAAGUAGCUGGCCAUGAUGUUAAGAUAUACAAGGCGGAGGAAUUAAAUGAUGUUGAGUCUCUUCAACUCUUCCAUUCAAAUGCUCGCACACAUUGUACAGAAAAUCCCGAACUUUUAGCGCAGGUGGCAGAUCAUGCUGCAGGAGUUCCAUUAGCCCUUAAAAUUUUGAGUUCAUUAUUCCUUCACUGCGAGAGCAAAGAAGAACAGGAACUGUUGUGGGAGAAAUUGAAAAAGUUUCCUGAUGAUGACCUUCAAAAUGUGUACAGAGCAAGUUUUGAUGGAUUAAAAGGAAAUGAGAAGGAGAUAUUCCUUGAUAUAGCAUGUUUUCACAAAAAGGAGAAGCUCUGUGAUGCAAAAAGAAUGUUAGCUGCCUGUGGUUUAUUUCCGGAUAUUGGAAUUAAAAUUCUCACUGAUAUGUCUCUCAUAUCAAUCAAAGACAACUGCAUAUGGAUGCACAAUGUGAUCCAAGAAAUGGGUUGGGAGAUAGUCCGGGAAGAAUGUACUGAAGAGCCAGGAAAACGCAGUAGGUUGCACAAUGGUGAGGACGUCUGUCAUGUAUUGAAAAGGAAUAUGGGAACUGCCAAAGUACAAAGCAUUUCCAGCAAGAAUUGUGUUAACACACUAAUGUUGGAUCCUCAAGCUUUCACAGGGAUGCAUAACUUAAGAUUCCUUAUGCUAAGAUUUAUACGUCUUGAUGACAAGGCAAAUCUAGAGCAUCUGCCUGAUGCCCUUCAAUAUCUCUUUUGGCAUAGUUACCCCUUGAAAUCUUUUCCAUCAAAGUUUUCUCCAAACAAUCUUGUUGAGCUUCAUAUGCCCUGGAGCAAACUCAAGAGACUUUGGAAUAAAGGCCAGAAUCCUAAGAACUUGAAAAGGAUCGAUCUUAGUCACUCCAUGGACCUGGCCGAUGUUGGAGAGCUGUCAAAUAGUGUAAAAAUUGAGAGUAUAAAUCUUGGAGGCUGUAAAAGUUUGGUUCAAGUUCCGGAUUUGUCAAAGUGUGUAUACAUUAAGAGUAUAAAUCUCCUAGGCUGCGCAAGUUUGGUUCGAGUUCCAGACCUGUCAAAGAGUGUAAACAUUGAGAGUAUAAAUCUUCAAUACUGUGAUGGUUUGGUUCAAGUUCCUUCAUACUUUCAAAACUUCACAAGGCUUACUCAUUUGAAUUUGGGAAAUUGUUGGAAGAAUAGAGUUCUACAGAAGAUACCAAGCAAUAUGGAAUUCUUACAUUUGGGUCAUACUGCUAUAGAAGAAUUGCCUCCAUCAAUUUGGUCUCUUGAAAAACUUCUUAUAUUGAAUCUUCGUGACUGUUCCGCCAUUAAGAAUUUUCCAAGCAGUCCAUGGAAGAUGAAAUCCCUCACUCAUCUUUUGUUGAGCGGGACAAACAUAGAAACAGUGCCCUCAUCGUCAUUCAUGUGUAUGACGGGGAUCAUUUCACUUGAGCUGAGAGAUUGUCAACACCUCGUCAGUCUCCCAACCGACAUUUGUAAGUUGAAAUCUCUUGAGAGACUUGAUCUCUUUCGUUGCCGUCGUUUCACAAAAUUUCCGGAAAUUGCGGAGCCUAUGGAACAUCUGCAGUAUCUUAAUUUAAGUGGGACGAAAAUUGAAGAGCUGCCGUCAUCGGUUGGGAAUCUUGUUGGGCUUAAGACAUUAGAUUUAUCUGACUGCACAAGCCUUGAAUUACUCCCAAACAACUUCUACAAUUUAAACCUUCUCGAGUGGUUCUCACUUCGCAACUGUGUUCAGCUAAAAAAAUUGCCUCUCUCGUUCAUUUUGUGCUCUUUGAUAAAUCUAAACCUCAGUGGCUGCAAAUUGUUAGAAGAAAUUCCUGAUUGCAUUACUAGCUUUCCCGCAUUGCAAGUGUUAGAUCUAAGUCACACCAUGAUUGAGACCAUACCUCCCAGCAUCAAACAAGUUUCAAGGCUCAAGCAUCUGUUCCUAAAUGGUUGCGAGUGGCUUCAAUCUUUGCCAGUGCUCCCAUGUCUUCUGAAAAAGUUGGUUGCAGAUGAGUGUACGAGACUUAAGACAGUAUCAGUUUCAGUGACUGCACAGACGGAAGGUUUGGAUCAAAUUGUUUCUGGGAAAAAGAGGUCCGAGAGACAUACAUAUUAUGGUUGCGAUAAUUUGGAUAAAAAUGCAAGGAGCAACAUAAUGGAUGAUGCACACUUCAGAAUUAUGCGAAUGGCAACUGCUUGUAAUCUUAAACGUUUAUCAUCUGGUAAAGUAGAGUUAAUGGGUCCGGGAAAUGAAAUUCCAAAAUGGUUUAGCUGUCAAACGGAGGGAUCUUCAAUGAAUAUUAAGCUUCCUCUGCAUUGGUCUGAUGAUUCAAACUUCUUGGGUAUUGCUCUCUGCUCUGUUUCUGCAAUCCAUGCAUAUUCUCUCUCUCUCGGGUGUCAAUGUGAGAUGAUUCUCAAAACCAACGGCGGUGAAACCCAUAGUGUCAAUUUGGGAACUACAGGGGACUUCCGGAACUUCCAGAAUACGGACCCGAUGGCUGAACCAGAUCAACUUUUGGUGUGGUAUGAUACAGUCCCUGUAAUUUCAGAUGAAGCAAAAUGGUCUGUGGAAGCCUCUUUUCACUUCUAUACAGUACUCGAUGGUAAACGGUCAAAUAACGUGAAAAGGUGUGGGGUCUGCUUUCUGUAUGCCCAAAGCCAAGAUGAUGAUGCUCCGAAAUUUGAAGUCAUUCGAACAGUUCCCUCGUUAUCAUUCAUGUGUAUGACUGGGACCAUUUCACUUGACCUGAGUUAUUGUGAUCGCCUUGUCAGUCUCCCAGCCGACAUUUGUAAGUUGAAAUAUCUUGAGAGACUUAAUCUCUCUGGUUGCCGUAGAUUCACAAAAUUUCCGGAUAUUGUGGAGCCUAUGGAACAUCUGCAGUAUCUUAAUUUGAGCGGGACGAACAUUAAAAAGCUACCCUCAACGAUUGGGAAUCUUGUUGGGCUUAAGACGUUAAUUUUAACUUUCUGCAAAAGCCUUGAAUUACUCCCAGAUAGCUUCUACAAUUUAAACCUUCUCGAGUGGUUCUCACUUGAGGGCUGUGUCAAGCUGGAAAAAUUGCCACUCUCGUUCAACAAUUUAAACCUUCUCGAGUGGUUCUCACUUGAGAGCUGUGUCGAGCUAGAAAAAAUGCCACUCUCGUUCAGUUUGUGCUCUUUGAUAAAUCUGAGCUUCAGAGGCUGCAUAUUGUUAGAAGAAAUUCCCGAUUGCUUCAAUAGCUUUCCCGCAUUGCAAGUCUUGGAUCUCAGUGAAACCAUGAUUGAGACCAUACCUCCCAGCAUCAAACAAGUUUUUGGGCUCAAGUCUCUGCUACUAGAUCAGUGCAAGCGGCUUCAAUCUUUGCCAGUGCUCCCAUGUCUGCUAGAAGAGUUCUAUGCAAGAGAUUGCUGGAGACUUAAGACAGUGCCAGUUUCAGUGACUGCACAGGCACAAGGUUUAGAUCAAGUACUGUCUGGGUAUAGGUACGAGACCCAUUCAUUUGUUGGUUGCGUUAAUUUGGAUAACAAUUCAAGGAGUAACAUAAUGGAUGAUGCACACAUCAGAAUUAUGCGAAUAGCAACUGCGUGUAAUCUUAAACGUUUAUCAUAUGGUGAUGUAGAGGUAAUGUGUCCGGGAAAUGAAAUUCCAAAAUGGUUUAGCUGUCAAACAGAGGGAUCUUCAAUGAAUAUUAAGCUUCCUCUGCAUUGGUCUGAUGAUUCAAAAUUCUUGGGUAUUGCUCUCUGCUCUGUUUCUGCAAUCCAUGAAGAUCUCCAUCAUCCCGAGUAUCAAUGUGAGAUGAUUCUCAAAACCAACAAUGGUGAAACCCAUAGUGUCAAUUUGGGAAGUGAAGAGUGCUUCGGGACUAUGCUCCUGUGGGGUCAAGAAGAUGACGUGUCCGUGUGGUAUAAUAAAGUCCCUGCAAUUUCAGAUGAAGCAAAAAUGGUCUACGGAAGCCUCUUUUGACUUCUAUAGAGACGACGAUGGUAGACGGUGGAAUAACGUGAAAAGGUGUGGGGUCUGCUUUCUGUAUGCCCAAGGCCAAGAUGAUGAUGCUCUGAAAUUUGAAGUCAUUCGUCCACAACAAGUUACAACACAACAAGUGACAACACAACAAGUUACAGCAAGUGUUGCAACUUGCUUACUGUUGGUAUUUUUGAUUGCUUUUACUCUGUAUUUGAACAAAAUAUAAUCGAAACCACAAUUUAGUUAAUUUGAUUAAAAUUUGUAGUAGCAAAUGAAGCAAGAAUAGAUGAACAAAAACUUAGCAAACAUUGUGCUUAAGUUUCAGAGCUUGUUAUCUCUCU